GCGUCUAUGAGUUCGUGAACAAGGCCAUCUACUCCUGGCCAUCAGAUGCAAAGGGUGCAUAUGUUUGCUUCUUAUCCAACCCGCAGAACUUGGAUAUCUCACACUUAAUUGGACGACCUGAGAUUUCGCCUUUUGCGCAAGCUUUGAAGUCGGCAUCCCACAUGCUCGUUGUGUUAAACAACAGGUGUAGCAUUUACUCUCGGCUAUGGUGUGUCUACGAGGCUUUUUUAGCUUACAAAUGGGACAAGCCAAUUACUGCGGCAAAAUCCGUGCAUCCAACGGCCGUGGCACAGAAUUGCUGCAUAAUUUGCAUCUAUGUGGCAUGCUCAUCCGCUGGGCUGUUGCUUCCCCUGGAGUUGCUUGGUGACUUGCAAAUUCCAUCUCAGAUUGCGUUUGCCAUGUUUUUCCUCCUCUCAUUGGGCCUGCUGGGAUCACGUGUCCGUCGACUCUCAGCAAUUCAUGCAGCUGUAGUUGCUUGUGCAGCGAUAUUUGCAGGUCUGAACUUCGCUGUAGGGAUUUCUUACGGGGCCUUUGGAUUCUAUGCGGUGCAAGACUUCUUACUUGGCUUGGGCCUCGUGGCUGCGCUGGAAGUGGAUCGGCAGAAUUCUCUACAGGCAUCCAAACGGACCGAGGAGCUUCGUCAUGGCUUCACAAGCUGUCGUAAUGCGCAAUGCUCUGCUGAGAGCGAUGCGGGCUUAAUUUGGAGCGAGAUCCAUAGCAGUGGGCUGGAGGAAGAGAUCGAGUAUACUGUGGGAGUCUUGCGCUCCAUGAACGUCUCCACGCGCGAGCUGCGUACAACCAUGGAGAGCACGGGCCCCUUGGGUGAUGCUUCUCACUGGAAUCGAACCAUGGUUGUGUCCAGCUUCCUUGCCUUCUGGGGAUUUUCGUAUAUUAGGCUGCUCGCCUACGGCCACGAACUACCAGAGUUGGAUGACUCCAACUACUGGUCUGUGGUGCGGAAGCCCCGUGUCGAUCAGUCCGUGACGCUGAGUCUUGAGAAGCCAGAGCCAGCAAGGGAGGAUGCCCCUGACACGGGCACUGACACGGGCACUAACUUGGCCGUAGCGGCCGUGGCGCUUCUAGAGCUAGUGAGCUCAUCGAAACAGGCACAGCAGAUCUUCGCACAAGAUUCUGGCCAAGAUGAGGGUGAAAGCGGUGCAGCAGGGUCUACACUACAUGUGCCCAUGGAUGAAGCCAUCUUUCGGGCGUCAGAUCAGACACAGGAGGGCCAAGGCGCUUGCCUUGAAGAUGCCAAGAGUGGGACCAUAGCAGCGAAGACAGCGAAGGAGGAGCCUCCUGCACCAAGCGAUAAAGACCAAGAGGAGUGCCAGAGAGGGAGCCCGAAGGCUCACGACGCAGAGGUCUCGGUGGAUGCUGGGCAUCGCCCAACGCAGCCCGGGUCUGGCAGCCAAGACCAA